GUUUUCGAUUAACUUUAAGAGAAUGCGGUUUACCUUGCGGUUAUUAAUUAUUUUGUUAGGUUGGCUUGUAGCCAUUAAAGCAAACACACGUAAUAGGCAUUUAAAGGAUCUGAUUGAUUUUUCCGCUUAUACCAGGGAAACAAUACACGAACCUUUACCUCUAGAAGCUAAUGUAGAGUCAAUUAUACGAAGCGGUAUCGAUGUGCGAAAACCCACUACAUUGGCUAUACAUGGAGUAUUUGAUAGCGAAAAUUUUGAGGAAUACGAAGUGAUUAAGAACUUGAAACUCUCAAUUGAAGAUUCGAAUGUUAUUGUUGUAGAUUAUAGUUACUUAACCUAUCAAUUCUUUCCUGAUGUGCGGAACGCUUCGACGAUUGCUUCCAUUGUAACUGAUUCAAUUACGGACUUGUUUCUUGUACUGCAUGACAUUUUCGAAUUAGAUUUUCGACAAGUUCAUGUAGUAGGUUACUGUUUAGGUGGCCAAAUUGCUGGUUUCUUAGGUCAGAGCAUCUAUAAAAAACUCAAUAAGAAAAUUGAACGCAUCACUGCUCUUGAUCCGUUCGGUAUACUUUAUUUUUCAAAUACACCGCCCAAUCAACGUUUAUCAGCUGAUGAUGCCGUAUAUGUAGAAGUUAUUCAUACAAAUGCCGGUCAAUUCGGUUUUAGCUCACCCUGCGGCCAUGCCGAUUACUAUCCCAAUGGGGGCAUUACACAACCUGGCUGCGGAGUUAACGGAAUGCGUUGUUCCCAUCAAAGAGCUUAUGAAUUACUUGCGAAUAUGUGGAUACCAAGCGUAGAACAUGAGUUUAUUGUUUCGAAAUGCGGCUCACAUGUUAAUAUCAAACCUGAAUAUUGCCGUUGGCUUAACAUACUUAUGGGUGAUUUGCAACAAAAUCCUUUGCCAACGGGGAUAUUUUAUGUCGAGACUAACGCCGAGGAGCCAUUCGGCAAAGGUGCAUUUAAAACAACAUUUUGGUAAUAUUUCGCAUAAAAUAAAGAAACACUCUGCUCUAUAGUGGAGACGGUGCUGCAUACAUAUUGAUAUUAUUUUAAGAUCAAAAAGUCAAAUAAUUAAAGAUUUCUCUUAUAUAAGAUGAAAGGAAAUUAAUUA